GACGCGGUUGUUCUCAGAUGUGGAGGGAUUAUCGCGCGGCUCGUCCCCCGCGCCGCGUCUCGCUUGAUCUCUUUCCUCGGUCCAUCCCUACCACUUUUGGUGCCUCUGGUCACCGCCGCUGUUGCAAUACCGUAGUCCGUACAACCGCUGUGACUGUGACCGAGGUCCGUAAAGUCCAAAGAGCCGCGGCGUAGAACGGAACGAGCUGCGGCACUUCUCCACGAUCCGUCUGCGGAAAUUGAAAUAUCACGGCGGUCGAAAACAAAAUUCUGCACGAUCAUACACGCAUGUACGUGCGAUUCCGCGUGCGCGCCCGCGCGCUUCGAUGCUCCUGUUGCUGCCGCAUCGUAAUCCUGAAAUAGGAUCAAGGAUAACGACGUCAUAAUUUUUUCGCGUCUACGUGCUACGGCGCCGUACGAGAGUCGAGAAACCGGUCAGUUGCACAUUCAAAUACAAAUAUCUUAUCGAGGAUGCAAUUUUUUUUCCAGAUACACAUUUUCAAGAAAAUACAUUUUAACUUUUCGCUUCUUGCAAAAUGGUUUCGUUAGUGGCAAGCGUCAGAGCUACGAGCUCUCUUUAUCAUUUCUGCGCCUGUACCGCAAGGACAUUGGCUACGAGCGCGAUGCCAAGUCCUAAGGACGAGGCGAAAGAAGUGAUCGUCAGUUACUUGGAUGGCAAAGACAACGGUAUUGCUGUAUUAGGAUUAAACAGGUCUGCCGCUCGUAACUCUUUCGGAAAGACCCUAAUUUCUCAGUUGAACGAAGCGCUGGCCUCUAUUAGGCAAAACAACAAGCCGAGAGUGCUGAUAAUACGCAGCCUGGUCCCAAAAGUAUUUUGCGCUGGGGCAGACCUGCGAGAGAGAUUUAAAAUGGACAAUUCUGAAGUGCUGCAAUUCGUGUCCUCGCUGAGAGAGCUUAUGACCAACGUGGAGACCCUGCCAACGCCGGUGAUAUCGGCCAUCGAUGGUGCAGCAUUGGGUGGAGGAUUGGAGCUCGCGUUAGCCACCGAUAUCAGGGUAGCUUCUUCCGAAGCGAAGAUGGGCCUCGUCGAGACUAAAUUAGCCAUAAUCCCAGGCGCCGGCGGAACGCAGAGACUUCCGAGGAUAAUCGGAGCAGCCAAGGCUAAAGAAUUGAUCUACACUGCACGGAUUCUGGAUGGUGAGCAGGCGCUGCAAAUCGGUCUCGUGAAUGAAGUAGUUCCACAAAAUAAGGUCGGCGAUGCAGCUUACCAAAUGGCUCUUUCAAUCGCGAGAGAAAUUUUGCCCAACGGCCCCAUUGGUGUUAGAUUGGCGAAAGUAGCGAUAUCUAAAGGUAUGGAGGUCUCUCAGGAAGACGGUAUGGAGAUCGAGGAACAAUGCUACAGCAAGCUUGUAAAUACGAAGGAUAGAAUCGAAGGACUCGCCGCUUUCGCGGCGAAGCGCGUUCCUAUCUACCAAGGAGCGUAAAAAUUCGCGGUGCCAUAACAAGCACUUGAUUCAUAAAUGGAGAACAUUUUGUAUGCGUUUUAUAUCGCUAAUUAUACGUAUUAACGUCUGCUAAGUGAUA